AUGUGUGAAUACAACAAAAUAGAGUAUUCCUGUGGUCACUGGCAUGGCCAGGCUGCCGUCUGGUGUCCCACAUACACCCGGACCCACCGCCGCUGCCCGCCACAGUUCACUCACUACGAGUACCGCUCGUGGGAGGUCUGCUCCCACUGCAAGCCGCCCACCUACACGCCCUGGGAGUUCAUGAUCAACCGCCGGAACCAGCCCGCCCACUGCCUAUGA